ACCCACACAACGCUGAAAAGCACAAUACAACACGCAACAAACCUGCUGACUCCGUUUGCGUCACGUUGCAUCAUGGACUUCAUGUCUGAGUUAAUGUCUGGCGACAGCUAUGAGGAAUGCCACACCACAGCUGAUUGGCUGAAGGCCAACACGCAGGUGCGACCCAAAGUGGGAAUCGUGUGCGGUUCAGGUUUGGGGGGGCUGGCCGAGAUGCUCAAAGACCCUCAGAUCUUCAAAUACUCGGACAUUCCUAACUUCCCCCGAAGCACAGUGCAUGGUCACGCUGGAAGGCUCGUGUUUGGAACGCUAAACGGGAAGCCGUGUGUGUGCAUGCAGGGCCGGUUCCACCUGUAUGAGGGCUACCCCAUCCAGAAGAUCACGCUGCCCAUGCGUGUCUUCAAGCUGAUGGGCGUGGAGACGGUGAUCCUGACCAACGCAGCCGGAGGCCUCAACCAGGACUACAAAGUGGGAGACGUCAUGAUUAUCAAAGACCACAUCAACAUGCCGGGUUUUGCUGGAAUCAACCCGUUGGCUGGACCCAACGAUGACAGGUUUGGUGUUCGUUUCCCGUGCAUGUCUGACGCCUAUGACCGUGAGCUACGUCAGCUGGCUACUGAUGUGGCGACAGAACUGGGCUACAAUGACUUCCUGCAGGAGGGUGUGUACUGUGUACUGGGAGGACCCUCUUUCGAAACCAUCGCUGAGUGUCGCAUGCUGCACAGGCUUGGGGCCGACGCUGUUGGUAUGAGCACUGUACAUGAGGUGAUCGUUGCCCGUCACGCCAGGAUGCGCUGCUUCGCCCUGUCGCUGAUCAGUAACCGGGCAGUAAUGGACUACGACAGCCAGGAGAAGGCCAAUCACCAAGAAGUACUAGAAGCUGGCAGGCAAAGGUCCGAGCAACUGGAGAAACUGGUGACCACCAUGGUGGCUCGACUGGAGCACAACAACAACAAAGACUAAUUAAUAAGACAUCUUGUGCUCACUUGGUGACCGCCAGCACUGUAACAGACUCAUGCACUGUCCUGCUUCAUCUCUGUAUCACAAGCAGGAUCAUUGAAAUGUUUGUUAGAACGCUAAAAAGAAAAAGAAAAAGAAAAAAAAGCUUUGGGUGGUUUCAAGCCCCCAAGCCUGAUUUAACAAACUAGUUUUUUAGUUAACUUUUUUUAUUUUUUAAAAAUGUUCCCACUGGCUGUUACUUUAGGUCUAGUCUUAGGAUCCUGGGGACUGGUCCAUUUAUACACUCCUCUAUCAGCAACGUUUACAUUUUUGCAGCUUACAGAUAAAUACUGCUACUUUAGCGCAGUAGCUCUCUCCUGCUGUGAUAUACUUUACUGUAUGCUCUUUACUUUUAGUGUUUCAGUGAGAGAGCAUUGUGUUUUAACUUAAUUUUUAAUUUAAAAUUGAUAUAUUUAUUGCUUGUUUUUGCAAUCCCUGAUAUCAACCAGAAUAACAUCAAGGACCAAGUCAUCAUGCAUGUCUUAAUAUGGCUAAAAAAGUGAAAUAAUAAUAUAGUGUAAAAGAGGUGUAAAAUAUUCUAAAAUAGCUCUAAAUUAUUUAUACUAAAUGUAUUUAAGUAGUGUGUUUAUUUUGUUAUUUUGUUAAAUGGACACAUUUUGGGAAAAAAAGGGAUCAUAUUCUUUAUGGGACACUGACCGAAGUUUGUAGGCCAAAAUCAAAAUCUCUUUCCUUGUCUUACCACUGUGUUCAACUGUGUUAAGACUGGGGUUUUUUUGGUUAGCUUUUAAAAAG